AGUUGUUUCUCCAAAUGGCCAAAAAUAACAUUGUAAAUGCAGGCUAUUGGUUCACCCAAACCAACGCCCACUUUCCCAUUUCCAAAAUUGAUUCCAAUCUCUACACCCAUCUCUUCUGUGGCUAUGCUAAUCUCAACUCCCAAACCUACGAACUCUCCUUCUCAGAUACAGCAAAGCCCCUUAUUCAUCACUUUUCUAACGCUGUCAAGGAAAACAACUCGAAGGUGAAGACCUUGCUGUCCAUUGGAGGAGACCAUGCGAGUGCUGAUAGCUUUGCAGCCAUGGCGGCCAGUUCAUCAAAUCGUGCAUCUUUUAUUGGAAGCUUCAUUUGUAAGGCAAGAGAGGGUAACUUUGAUGGGGUGGAUGUUCAGUGGGUGUACCCUUCUUGCGUGGAGGACAUGUCCAAUUUUGAAGCUCUCAUCAUUGAGUGUCAUAAUGGUGUUGUCAAAGAAGCUAAGGAGUCUCGUCACCCACGAUUGAUCCUUGUUGCUACGGUGUUUUACUCGCCUUAUAUACAUGAUGUUCGAUAUCCAAUUCAAGUAAUCCGGAGAGCUUUGGAUUGGGUUAAUGUGAUUGCUUUUGAUAUUUACACUCCUACUUCCUCCCCCAAUGAAACUGGACCUUCCUCAGCGUUUUAUAAUCCAGAGAGAAACUCCUCGUCGGGUUACUUCGGUAUUAGAACGUGGAUUCAGCAAGGUUUGCCUUCUAAAAUGAUGGUAUUUGGACUUCCCUUCCAUGGAUGGGCAUGGAAACUUGAGAGUUCUAAGAAACACAAUGUGUUUUCACCAGCGCAAGGGCCAGCUGGAGGGCAAAAUAUUUCGAUGGAAGGACUCAUAGAGUAUAGGAACAUUAAGAAAUUUAUAGCUGAUAACGAUGCCAAUAAUGUUCCAAUGGACCGCAGCUUUGUAAUUGGCUACACAAACUUUGGCUCAACUUGGAUCGCCUACGAAGAUGAAGACACCAUAAAGUUCAAGAUUUCAAGAGUUAAAACCAACUUGGGAUUGAAUGGUUACUUUGUUUGGAACAUUGCAGCUGAUGAUGAACAUCAUUCUCUUGCUAAGCUAGCUUCAAGAGAGUGGAAAAAAGGCCAAGGCUUUUGUUGUUGCUUAAAGUAAUUUUCUUUCUAUUUGUUAUUAAGGUCGUUGAUGCGUCGGGUUUAGAUCAAUGGAUCAAAUUUGCUGCCGAGGAAAACCCGAAAAAUCAUCUCGAAUUAAAGAGAAA